CUAUUCCGGUUCUCCCUUGUCCUAAGUUUCCUUUUUAUUCUUGGUUUCUUUUGUAUUUCUUCCACGAUUGGUUCUUGCCCUGCAUAUUCUUUUCACUUUGUGGACUAAAGGCGAUUAAUCAAACGUUGGGUCAAUGGAGAAUUUAUCUCGCUGGGAUGGAACAAUCUCAUCAAGUGAAUUUCGCAUUGCUGCGACAACUCUUUCCGAAAAAUGGAAAGUUAUUAACCCUGAAUUUCCACCAUGGACAUGGAUCGACUCACCCAAACCAUUUUGGGUUACUUCAUCAAAGUUUGUCUCUUUUUUUGUUCAGGUUGAGGGAUAUUUAUCUCUAGAAACGUACUCGUAUAAAUUUAGUUCGGACAAUGUUGAUAAUACUCAAGCUCAUAGAAACUUAAUUGACACUCUUUGUGGAUAUAGAAGUUCUUGUCAAAAAGAAGAACCAGUCGACUUCGAAAAUGAAGAAGAGCUUGUUGAUUCUGCCACCUUGGUUCUGAACGAUGAUGACCAAGAAGAACUGCAUCACUAUGAUUUCCACAUAGUGUAUAGCAAUUCGUACAGGGUCCCUGUACUAUACUUUCGCGGCUAUCGUUCUGAUGGACAAAUUUUGACGUUGGAUGAAGUUGAAAGAGAUCUUCCUGCUAACUCCUUAAAGGUACUUAGAGAAUCGAAGUGGACAUUCAUUACUCAAGAGGAACAUCCGUUGUUAAACCGUCCAUGGUAUACAUUGCAUCCUUGUGGGACAAGUGAAUGGAUGAAGCUACUAUUUCUUGGUGGUUAUUCACAAGCUAAAGAUGGGUCAUCUUCUGGUUCUGUAAUGCAACAAUAUUUGGUCUCUUGGUUAUCAGUUGUUGGUCAGGCUGUUGGUCUAAAUGUUCCACUUGAAAUGAUAAGUGACUUCCAUCGUGUAUGUACAAUCUAAUGGAAAUUCAGUAACUACUAGCUAGUAUGUUUCAACGAAAAUUCAGGUAGACAGUGUAAUGUCAUCUAAUGAAUUCAGGUAGACAGUGUAAUGUCAUCUAAUGAAAAUUCAGUUAAUACUAGCCAGUAGUUCUGUA